AUGGCAACAUUUCUUGAGGACAUCUUAAGCCUAAAGACGUUGUUUCAAAUGUGCUCUUUUUGUUUAGUUAGUGAUGAUAACAAUGAUAUUAGUGCAAACAUUAGUUCAUAUGCUUUAGAUAUUCUUUUGGAUGAGAAAUGUGCUGGUGGAGGAGCCGAUGGUGGUGCUGGAGUUGGAGGAGGUGCAAGUAGUGGUGGUGGUGCUGGUGGUGGCGUUGGAGGAGGUGCUGGUGGAGGAGGUGCUGGUGGAGGAGUAGGUGGAGGUGCAGGAGGUGGGGCUGGUGGUGGAGUUGGGGGUGGAGCAGGCGGGAUAGUAGGAGGAGGGGCUGGUGGAGGCAUUGGUGGUGGUGCCGGAGGUGGAGCAGGUGGAGGCGUGGGAGGAGGGGCUGGAGGAGGCCUUGGCGGAGGUGCUGGAUGUGGGGCCGGUGGCUGA